GAAGAAUACAAGCAGCUCUAAAACACAAUGGCAAAGCGACAGCGCAGCUCAGAGGACGGCGAUGCUAUUGACGCCGUGGCCCCCGAAGAUACACAAUUCCACCCCUCCAAAAAGGCACGAAAAGAAACCAAUGCUGGAGCUCGACGCACCCUCUUCGUCCGCUCCCUCCCAGCCAUAGCAACCAGCGAAGCCCUUACCAAACUAUUCUCCGAAAGCUACCCUCUCAAGCACGCAACCGUCGUCCUUGAUACCGAAACCAAGCAAUCGAAAGGAUAUGGCUUUGUAACAUUCGCAGAUGCGGAAGAUGCACAAAAGGCAGCAGAUGAGUUUAAUGGGAAAAUUUUCCUUGGGCGGAGGAUGAAGAUCGAGAUUGCACAACCUAGAUCAAGAGAAAUUGUUGCAAAUGAUGGUAUGGAAGGGAAGAGGAAGAGUACUAUAUCCGCAGAGGCUGCCGCGAUUAAGAAGUCGCGAGAGGAGAAAAUGGCUGAGGCGAAGAAACCGCCCAAGUUGAUUAUCCGAAAUCUGCCAUGGAGUGUGAAGACACCCGAGCAAUUGGAAGCAAUGUUUAGAAAGUUUGGGAAAGUUAAGCAUUCUACGUUGCCAAAGGUCAAGGAUAAGCAAGCUGGGUUUGGAUUUGUGGUUAUGAGGGGCAGAAAGAAUGCUGAGAAGGCAUUAGCUGCUAUCAAUGGCACGACGGUGGAUGGCAGACAAUUGGCUGUGGAUUGGGCUGUUGAGAAAGAAGUUUGGGAAGGCCAAUCGAAGCAUGCAGGCGCAGAAGAUGCGGAUGAGAGCGAUGCAGAGGAUGGAGGCGCCAAAGUGUCCGACGAAGAGGAGCCUAACGAGGAGGACGACGUUGCAAAUUUCAUGAAAAACUUCGGAGAUCAACUGGAGUCCGAGGAAGAAGACGAUGAAGAAAAUGAGGAGCUAGGCGAGAAGUCUGACGAGGAAGAACUCGGCGAAAACGAGGAUGAUGGUUUUAGUGAUGUUGAAGACGAGGAUAUGUCUGACGAGGAACCAGUGGGAGAAAAGCCACAAAAGGUUUUGAUUACCGACAACUCUACAACUCUCUUCAUUCGUAAUCUGCCCUUCACGACACUCGACCCCGACCUCAAAGAACACUUCAGUCAAUUCGGCCCAGUCCGCUAUGCACGAGUGGUCAUGGAUCGCGCGACAGACCGACCGAAAGGUACUGGUUUUGUCUGCUUCUUCAAUUUUGAGGACGCAGAUAAUUGUUUCCGCCUUGCACCACGCUUCCAACCCAGCGGCGCCAAUGCAACCAAGAAAGCCGACACGACCACCAAAGCCAAGCAUUCCCUCCUCCAGGACGAAGGCGCUGACUCGUCCGGCCUCUACACCAUCGAAGGGCGGGUUCUCCAAAUCUCAAAAGCUGUGGAAAAAGAGAAAGCUGUCAAACUAACAGAAGAUGGCACGAACUUCCGCACUGACCGAGACAAAGACAAGCGAAAGCUCUACCUCCUCUCUGAAGGGACGGUUGCCUCCGGCACACCCCUCUAUGAAAUGCUCGCUCCCUCCGAAGUAAAAAUGCGAGAAGACUCCGCUAUGCAGCGCAAGAAGCUCAUCCAAAACAACCCUACUCUCCACCUUUCACUCACCCGUCUCUCAAUCCGCAACCUUCCUCGAAACGUUAACUCUAAGGACCUGAAAGCCCUCGCCCGUGAAGCAGUCGUCGGAUUCGCUAAAGAUGUUAAAGGUGGACUUCGGGCUCAACUCUCCAAGGAGGAAGAAGCUCGCGGCGGUGACGAGAUGCGUGAGGCUGAAAAGCAGCGAAAAGCCAAGGGCAAAGGCAUCGUCCGCCAAGCCAAGAUUGUCUUCGAAGGUCGCGAAGGAGCCAAAGUCUCCGAAGAUUCUGGCGCUGGACGAAGCCGUGGGUACGGAUUUGUGGAAUAUAGUUCUCAUCGCUGGGCGCUUAUGGGAUUACGGUGGUUGAAUGGCCAUGCGGUCGAGAAUGCAAGUGGCAAGAAGCAGAGACUUAUUGUGGAGUUUGCGAUUGAGAAUGCGCAGGUUGUGCAGAGGAGGAAGGAGAGGGAGGAGAAGGCUAGAGUUAGGUCGAAGGAGGUACUGGAGGCAAGAGAGAAGGGGGAGUUGCCUGAGAAGACUGGGAAGAAAGUACUGAGCAAAAAUUCGAUCAUGGCGAAGACGAGGAAGGGGAUGAAGGGCAAGAAGGGGAGACCUGAGGAGGGCCCGAAGAAGUCAUUUGAUCGAGUCGCUCCAAAGAAUGUCGAUGGUGAAAAGAGAAGGCGUGAUGGGGAGGUUGAACGCCCAAAAGGGAAAAAGUAUCCGAAGGGGCCAAACUGGAACAAAAAGACUGUUCGAACCUCGAGGCCGAAAGUUGGCGAGCCGGAGGUGAAUGAAAAGCAGACUAAGCGGACACAGAUUAUUCAGAAGAAGCGCAUGGCAAGAAGGGAUCGAAGACAGGGUGCUUAGUGCCGUCUGUCUGAGCGAGAUACUAUUGCUGUUCGAGCACAUUUUCAGAUACAUCCUUGUUAUACAAUACAAUCAUGUCUCGAUUCUUGAAGCUCC